GCAUCUAUUAUCUUACCAGCAAAUAAACAGCUUCAGCUUAGCUUCUUCCGCCUUGAAAUAUACCAAAAACACAGCAACCCGAGACAGAAAAGAAGGAAAGACAGAGAAAGGAGCAAGCAACCCAGAAACCCGGAAAGGCCCGAGGGGGUUGAAGGAAGAAGGAACCAUGUGUUUCGUGUUUGUGUGUGGUGAAGAUGAGACGGUGCUUUCAAGGCAACCAGCACCAGGGGCAUGCCCCUACUGUGGAGGAAUGGUGCAAGCCAUGGAUGUUGAGAGUCGGUGGACGUUCUGCUUCCUGCCUCUCUACUGGAAGACCAAGCGCAAGUUGUACUGCGCCGUGUGCACUAGGCGCUUGGUAGUACAGUGAUAUAAACCGACAUCAUAAUAAAUACAGAGAUUGCAAUUUGUGCUCGUGUAAAUAUGUAAUAUGACUUUUUUGUUGUUACUGAUAAACAAAAUGACAGGCUCUAUUUACAUGCUUGCGGCAUUUUCGUGGA